ACUGCAAUGGAUUGAUGAGGUUCUUUUCUUACGAGGAGGAGUCCGCCCGCCGUUGUUCCCCAAGCUCCGAGUUCUUGUCUCCCUCCCUCCCCUUGCCCGCCCAGUCCAUGCCCCCGUCCACAUCGCCGUCUCCGCCUCCAAUCUCCCAUGUCCCGGAGGGCCACCGGAACUUCAAUCGCCCAUCACUUGACAAGGGGGAAGGAGGGGAUGCAUUCUGAGGGGUGCUUGGACCCCCCUCCCAUCCACGGCGGCAACCAAAUGCCAGGUUCGGUCCUCCUCGACUUCACGACCCGCAUCGACGACCGCCGGAACGCCACCACCGCCUACUCCCGGACGAGGGACGGCCACAGGAUUCAGGUCACCUUCUGGUCCGCCCUCCCGCCGCCGCUCGUCUCCUACUUCUCUGUCUACUGCCCUGAUCUGGAGCCCGCAGCCUUCCCCAGGGAGCCCGUCAUCAUGGCCACGGAGGAUGACCUCGUCCUCCUCCGCCUAGUCCUCGGCCCUCCAUCCGCCAUCCUGGAGCCAGACAGAUUUGAUUACUUGGUCUACCAGGCCGGCGCCGUGCCGUCGCUCCAUCUCAUCGACCACCCCGGCCCCUCCCGCUUCUUUGGUGAUUACCAAGUCGGCCUCCUGCGUUGCCAUCCCAAACUCGAGCCUACCAAACGUGCCCAUGAUGACGGCGACUUCUACAUUAUCGCUGCACUCUGCUACGCGAUGGUUCCCGGACAUUAUGACCUCCACACUUUCGACUCCAGAUCAAAAGUUUGGGGCACCAGGACGGCCUUGCUGCCCGAACAGCAGCAACGCGGCGAGCAUUCUUCCCAUGUCAACAGCAAGGUCGUUGUGCUUGGAGGAGAAAUGGGCACCAUGGGUUGGGUUGAUCUUUGGCAGGGUAUACUCUUCUGCGAUGUCCUCCUCAAACAGCCUGUGCUCCGCUACAUCACAUUGCCGGCACCGCUCGAUCCUGACAGGAAGUUGCAGGGCUGCCCAAGGUCAGCUCGGGACAUUGCCGUAAUUGAAGGUCGCAUCAAGUAUGUCGAGUUUCAAAAUCACAUUAUACCAGGCUCUGUCAUUGACGGGAACUACAUCGCAAAUGGUUGGACAGCCGUCACAUGGAGCAGGAAGGCUACUACUGAUCCUUUUCAGGACGAUCACUGGCAACAGGACUGCAGGGUUCAUGCUUCGCAGAUCUCUGUAAAAAACAAUCCAAUGGGGUUUGAAUUGCUGCAAAAGUUUUUCGAUGAUCAAGGCACACCUCUGCAUAAACUCCACACAGGUCAUCCCACACUUAGCUUGAAUGGUGAUGAUGUUGUUUACCUCAUGACCAAGGUCCACUACCGGGAAACGGGAGCAUGGGUGCUUGCUGUUGACAUCAGAAAUAGGACACUACAAGGAGUCGGCGAGUUUGUUCUACGGAGAACCCACGGCAUGAAUUUUGCAUAUAUGUGCAGCGGGAUUGGCAAACAUCUGCAUAGUUCUCCAGGUGCAGGUUCAAAGGGUAGCCUGAAUUGAGCAGGGGAUGCCAGCAAUGCUGGUAUUCUUUCUCAAGAAGAAAUCCAGAAUCCCCUCCUGAAUUGGUCAGGGAUGCCAAUGCCCGGACUCUUUCUCAAGAAGCAAUCUGAAAUCCCCUGAAAUCGAUUUGCUAUCCUGCAAUGAUAAACAAAAGCACCAUGAUGCUAGUCAGGAAUACCUUAAAUUGCUUUGCAAGCCUGGGAUUACAUGGAUUAAAGCACCAUGAUGCUGAAGUGGAAGGAGCAGGUGUGAAAUAUUUAGUUUGGGUUGAUAUGGAGCUAGAAUACGAGUUAAUGUGUGUGUUAAGGAGAAUAUUUAGGGUGUUCUUUUAGAAAUUUAUGCUGUAGUAUUAUGCCUUGUUUAAUAAUUUUUUACUAUUAAAUCAGAUCUAAAACAUGCCUGUCAAUGUUUUCAUCCUAUUUUGGCUU